UCAAUACUGUCAAUACAAAUAUUUUAGAAGGCCAAGUUGGUGGACUGUGCAAAUACCAUAAUAUGGUUAGGAUAACAGAAGAACUGAUAAGAAAAAGAUCAGAACACAACGAAGGUAUAAUAGGCACUCUUGAAGAACUGUCACUACACCAAGAAGACAUAGAGAAAAUCGAACACAUCAACAACUGGUGCAAAGAGUUGCAGAUCUUAUAUCUUCAAGCGAAUCUCAUUUCAAAAGUCGAGAACUUGAACAAACUCAAAAAACUCCAGUAUCUGAACUUGGCCAUCAACAAUAUCGAAGUGAUCGAAAAUCUGGAGAGGUGUGAAUCCUUGGAGAAACUCGACCUGACACUAAAUUUCAUAGGGAACCUCGAGAGUGUUUGUUCCUUGAAAAACAACAUUUUCUUGAAAGAUCUAUAUUUGACGGGAAACCCUUGCUGUGACUUUCAAGGAUAUAGGGAUUAUGUAAUAGCCCAUCUUCCUCAGUUACAGAACUUAGAUGUAAAGGAGAUAACACAUAGUGAAAGAAUUAAAGCUCAGCAGAAUCUUUCUGAAAAUGAAAAACAUGUUAGAAAAUGUCAGGAGAAGUACAGGUCAUUCCGUCAAGAACAAAUCACACGUGUAUCGAGAAGUAACAACUCAAGUAUUCAAGAUGAAGAAUUUUGGAAAAUGCAGAGUGAAAACUGCCCUGAAACUAGAGUUGAGAUAGCGAAUCGUCAACAAAAAAACAAAAAAACUGUUGAUAAAAAAGACACUUCCGUCAAAAAAUCUGUUAGGCUAUUCUCGAAAGACGGCAGACCUCUCAACAUCAAUCAAGCUAAACUUGACUUCACAUUCAGCGAUGACGAUCCUAAGCAGUUUGUUUUAGAUAUUGCUGUUUAUAAAUUUAUGGACAGUAACUUGAUAGAAGUCGAUUUGCAACCGAUAUAUGUGAAAAUAACUAUCAAAGGCAAAAUAUUCCAAAUCGUUUUUCCAGAAGAAAUAUUCACAACUAAAAGUAUUGCCCAGAGAUCACAAACCACAGGACACUUGUUAUUGAAACUGCCAAAAGUUAAUUACAAACCGCCAAUUCGCCCUGAAUGCAACACCUUAGAGAAAGAAAAAAAUAAAAAUGAAAAAAAAACUGAAUAUCUGGAAGUUAACGAAAAGAAUGGAAUGGAUUUUAGUAGAAUUGUUGAAUAUAAUAACAAAGUCAAAGAUUUGUAUGACGAUCCAGAAAUUCCUCCACUAGAAUAUUGUUAAGAGGCUAUAUUUUUCAAUGAAUGUAAACUUUCGUGACUUUAAAUAAAUGUGUCAAAGCUAUUUUCAGGCUUUGUUAGCCGUGUAUAUUAUGCCUGAAAUUUUCCUCCACGACAGAGGUAUGCAUUAACAGGUAGUAAUCAAGAAGCACUAUACCAGCUGGGUUAUUUAUUUAUUGCACGGGAUCACCCCUUUUAUAAUAGUACGAGCAUCAAAUAUAAUGAAUAUUCAUAUACAGUUUAAAAAUUGAAGAAAGGACUAAAAAUUCAAAAGUGAGAUUCGAAGUAAACUCAAUCACGUGAAAAUGAGUAAAAGCACUAAGAUAAACAUAGUUAUAGAUCAUACAAUUUAAAAUACAGAAGUGAAUGGCAACAAUAAUAUAAAAGAUAUACUUUAAGUAAACGAUCAAUAGGAGAGAGCAUUCUAUAGUUUGUAUGAUGAAAGGAAUCGUGAAACAGAUCAUUAUUUCUGAGAGUUCUCUUUGGCACAUGUAAGUGAUAUGUCUGAAAAAGCUUUUGUAUAGCGAAACACAUAUUAGGUUUUUGUAAAACUGUUUAGUGAAAAUCUCACGAAGUGUUUCUUGAAUAUGUUAUAAAUUUUCAUCAAAUAUUGGCCGAUUCUAUCACAUACUAUCAAGUAGUAUGCACUGCGAAAAAACUAGGCUAUGCGUUGCCUCAGUCUAUGCGUUGCGUUGCCUUUGAGGUCUACCACAGUUUUAAAAGAAACUUUAGGCAUAAAAUCCUUCAGACCAUUGCUAACAAACCCGGAAAAUAGCUUGGACACAAUUAUGUUUUUGUAAGUUACUGAUAGAAAAUAUCAAAAUACCAAUUUGAUUUCAAUACAGGCAUUGAAGAA